UCAGAAAGCAUAAGCAUUAAGCAAAGCAACAAGGGAAGAAAAUAAUAGCAGAGCAGAGUUGAGUGAGCUUUGGCAGUAAUUAGCAUUAAAGACAAUAAUAUAAGCAUGUCUGCGCCUUACUCAUUAUUCAUAUCUACGAACAGCCUUAAUUAAUUUCAUUCUUCAUUGUUACCACAUCUCAUUGCUCAAAAUUUGAGUGAGACUCCAUUGUCAUGUAUUUCUUAAUCAUCAUACAGUGCCAUGUUUUCUCAUCAUUCUCGACCUUGUUUUACUAUUGUUGAUAAUCCAUUAAAGUCGACAAUAAUAUAAGCAUGUGUGUCAAUUUCAUUCUUCAUUGAAACCUGACAGACAAUUUGAGUGAGACUUGAGCUUAUUUUUCAUUCUACGCUUGCAAUGCUCUUGAGCCUAAAUCAAGUUAAAAAUUCAAGAAGUUUUUGCAUGUAUCAUAGGCCUGUUAGGAACCACUUGGAUGUACGUAGGGUCCGAAAAGAUGAGAGCAAAAUAAAAGGUGAAGUCGCUAGAGUAUAGAAUAGUGAAAACUCAAACGCUAGCUAGAGGCUGGUAAAAUUAAAACUUUUUUCUUGGUAUCACAAUAAUCUGAACUCAUAAUUGCAAACCUGAAUUGCCAUGUUGUAGUUGAGAUUCUUCAGGCUUCUUAUUUGCUGAAACAAGUCGUGGACUCUGCAUCAUUAGCACAAGGAGGUGCAGCAAAAAUGAUACCUUGAAGCAACUUUUGUUUGCGUCUUCAAACCUGUGAUAGCUUGCAAGAGUCGUCUUCAUAAAAACCAAUGCAACUUGUCUGGCCAUAUUUUGAAGCAAAACUUGCUCGAGCAGCCUGUAUAUGAAUAAAGACAUAAUCCCAACUCGGCAGUGUCCCACACUAGCGUUCUUAGUGGCUGCACUGUCUAAAAAAAACAUAAUUCAUCUAACAAGUCAAUGAAUUUAUUAACAAAAAUAAGCCAUAUUAAUCCCCAACUGGCACUUAGGACCAUAUCAGACUUUACUUUCGCAGUCCGGUCACCAAAUCGGACGACGCUGCUUCCAGAAGAACGCCCAAGCUUCCAGGACAGUAACCCGACCUAGCUCAGCCGCCCAAGACCACUCAGUUGACCGGAAACUCGCUGCGAAGUCUCGGUGUGCCGCCAGAAAAAGAGCCCGAUCUGGCCAACUCCGGCGAUAGUUCGACCCACCGUUGUUGUCGUUCGACUCACCGGAUUGAGUACUACAAUCCCCAACCAAGUUCCGUCCAAGAACACUACCGGAGACCGGAGAUCCGGUUUCGACCCGAAAGAGAUAUGGCAAUGGCGAUUGUGAACUCCAUCCUUGGAAAAAUUGGAGGAUGUGUGUGGGAUUUAAUUAAGCCUCACUUUGAUUAUCUGACAAACUAUGAUGAUAACAUUACGGCUCUUGAAAACCAACUUGAAACCCUGGAGGAAAUGGAGAAGGACGUGCAUGAAGCCAUUGAAGCAGCUAAAGGAAAUGGUGAAGGAACCCGAAAGAUUGUUCAACAUUGGUUAGCAAGGGUUGAGGGAGUCAAGAUGGAUGCAAGAAAGCUUUUGGAAGAAAAUGAGAAGGCAAAUGAUAGAUGUUUUUGGGGGUGGUGUCCUGAUCUGAAAACACGUCACUCACUAAGCAAAGAAGCAAUGGCGAUUCAUGAGAAGAUAGAAAGUCUAUGUAAAGAACAAGCAGCAUUUGACAUUAGAGUUUCUCUGUGUCCAUCUCUUCCGGAAAUAGAUUCCAAAGAUAUCGUUCCUUUUCAAACUAGAAAAGUAGCAGUGGAAAAAGUCAUGGAUGCAUUGAAAGAAGAUUCUACUAAUUUUGUGGGGGUACAUGGAAUGGGGGGUGUUGGAAAGACAACUUUGGUGAAAGAAAUUGCUAGAAAAUGCAAAGAAGAGAAGCUUUUUGAUAAUGUGAUAAUGCCUGUGGUGUCACGAACCGUCGAUGUGGAAAGUAUUCAGGAGCAAAUAGCUAACUUCUUGGCUUUCAAACUAGAAGAAAAAAGUGUACUUGUAAGAGCAAGUCGGUUAAAGAAUCGACUAAGUGAGAAUAAGAUCCUUGUUAUAUUGGAUGAUGUUUGGGAAAGACUUGAGCUAAAUACUAUCGGCAUUCCUUCAGGGGAAGAUCAUAAGGGUUGUAAAGUUGUCAUCACCACAAGGCGUAGACAGGUGUGCACUGCCAUGGGCAGCAGGGACCAAGCUACAAGAAAUAUUGUCAAUCUUGAUGUCUUAACAGAACAAGAGUCUUGGGACUUAUUUAAGUCUCGAGUUGGUGAUAUUAUUGAGUCUCCCACGAUGAGAAUUGUGGCAGAAAAACUUGUCAAAGAGUGCGGAGGUUUGCCUAUUGCUCUUGUGAUAACUUCCCCGUAUUUCUCUCAAAGGUUGAGCGUUAUUAAUAAUUCUUAA